GCGGGAUCCGGGUGGCUGCGGGCUGCAGCGGCGGUGGCAGAGGCUGCGGGGUCGGGGUCGCGGUCGCGGUCGGGGUGGCGGCCGAGGGCAAAGCCGCAGCGAGUUCGGAGGCGGAAACUCCGCGGGCAACGACCCACUCGAGGUGACCCCCUCGGAGGGAGCGCACCCGCCCCACACCUCUGCGUCCCAUCAGGGCUCCAGGCCUCCCCGGCAGGAGGCUUCCCCCCAGGAUGGCAUCAGCUGGAGACCCCCCCACCAGCCCACGUGAUGCAGCAGACCAGAACUUCGACUACAUGUUCAAGCUGCUGCUCAUUGGCAAUAGCAGCGUGGGCAAGACAUCCUUCCUGUUCCGCUACGCAGACGACUCCUUCACACCCGCCUUCGUCAGCACCGUGGGCAUUGACUUCAAGGUCAAGACCGUCUACCGCCACGACAAGAGGAUCAAGCUGCAGAUAUGGGACACGGCAGGACAGGAACGCUACCGAACGAUCACCACGGCCUACUACCGGGGAGCCAUGGGCUUCCUGCUCAUGUAUGAUGUUGCCAACCAGGAGUCCUUUACCGCAGUGCAGGACUGGGCCACCCAGAUCAAGACCUACUCCUGGGACAAUGCUCAGGUCAUCCUUGUGGGGAACAAGUGUGACCUGGAGGAUGAGCGUGUCGUGCUUGAGGAGGACGGCCGGAGGCUCGCCGAUGACCUUGGUUUCGAGUUCUUCGAGGCCAGUGCCAAGGAGAAUAUCAACGUGAAGCAGGUCUUCGAGCGCCUGGUGGAUGUCAUCUGUGUUUUAGUGGGGGCGCAUGGGCAGCCUGCGGGGCUUCCACAGUGCCUUCUGGGUUCGAGCCAUUGUCCACAUCCAUUCUGUGCUGGGCGUUGUCUGGAGUUCACGAGCUGGCAGAAGGUGGUUAGCCUUCUUCCUCACGCCCUGCGGGUUCUCAGAGUUCAUCCUUGGAGAUGUGGAAGGAGGCUCCUUGCUCAGGGUCCCCUGCUCUGAUCCCGAGCCUGCCCAUCCAUCUCUGAUCUCAGGGCUCCAAGGUGGGGAGGUGACUUUGGCCCUGGUAGACCCCUCCCUUCUGGCCUGCAGAUCCUCUGUCUGUGAAAACAGUAUUAAAGCAGCUUUACCUGUUGUGAAGGGAUAGGGGGACAGACCCCCCCGGGUUUUGGGGACCCCGAAGUGCCUUGAGUUUCCCCAGAAUUCCGCAUCACCACGACCCUGCCACUGUUUUGGCUGAUCCAUGUUGCCCCUGAUCCAGGACUGAAUUCUGGAAUUAUGCACCGUGUGAGGCCAGGCAGGGAAUCGCCAACUCCCUCGCCUUACUGUUUGGGGCUUUUUGCCAGGAGUUAACCUCAGAGCCAGGAGCCCCGGGCCCUCCCGCCCAAACCUGCCUCCCAGGGCCCAUUGGGUGAUGUUUCAAGCAAGGUCUUUCCACAUCUCACAUCCUGCUAGAGAAGGAAAUUGAGCAACGUUCCCAUAGCCCGCCCUCGCUGGUGACUUUCUGCUGUAAGGGCUUGGGCUCCCUUUACGUGAGCACCGGUGAAGACCCAGUGUCCGUUUCCUGAGCCAUGUCAUCGGUGGGGUCCAGAGACGGGACCUUUUUUGCUAAUGGAGGAGUCACUCUAAGGAAUGUUUGGGGUUUGGGCCGGAGGAGUGGGAAGGGAGGGUUGUGUAACUGCUACCGCCUCUUGCACUUCAUGAUAUAGCUUGGGAGUGGCAGGCGGACGGGGGAUGGGCUGGGGUCCGUCUCCCUGGUUGAGGCUUGGGUUCCCAGCUGCCCCGGGCUCCUGCUGGGAGGUUAUGUGCAGUUUGGGGAUCUAGCAUCUUCACACACACCCCGUACAGCUCCGUGGCCCUUUCUGCCUUGGAACACUAACCGACACCCCAUAACUCGAUAGACACUGUGAGGACAGCCCAAACCGAUAGUCUGUGUUCCCCAAUUCUACUGUCCCGGCCCCUGCUGGCAAGAGGACCUCCUGUAGCCUUAAAGGUCUCCGCCUCCUCCCCUGCAGCACGGGGAAGGCCUGGUUCAAGUUGAACCUUAGCCCUCACCUUUCUGGAAACUCUAGAUUGAACCUAUUUCUAGAGGGUCCCAUGUACCCCGUAUCAGGGUCGGCCCUGAGCGUUUCAAAGCGAGGAUAUCUUUGUACACCCACCAGUCAAAUGACUGGUGAAAGGAUCAAGUGUUGGGAGACACGCAAAGUGAGAAGGUCUGAAUGCUUGGGGUGGGAAUCAGAACUGUUCAUUGCUUUGACAUAAAAGUGACAUUAAAUUAGUUAAAUGCCUUCUUAAGUUGCCCCACGGGCUGUCAAGAUGUCCCUGGCCAGUCCAUUCUCGCUGAGCUGCUGCCAGAAAAAAAUGGUGGGUCAAGAGGGGCGAGCCUGUUGUCACUCACCGCCUGUGUGAUGCAGGGUUGGCCAAAUCUUGUCUCUAAGCUUUCUGUGUAGACCAAGUUCUUCCACCGUUCAGCUUCAAGUAACAACCGAGGCAGCUGCCUCCGGGUUCUCUCAAGACUGGGAAGCAUGUAGGAGCAUCAUAUGUAUUUUUGUUUCUUCUAAAAAUAAUGCAAGUUUUUAUUUCAUGAUGUGUGGGGGGGAGGGUUUGCUCAAGAUAGUCUCUGGGGAACAGAAAUGGAUGUGCUCCCGGGUCACGGAGGGAAGGGAGGGAGGCUUGUUGAGUUUACAAACAAAAAUAAGCCGAAGGCUGUGGGAAAACCACCUCCCAGCUGCAGGGAGUCCUGCCUGGGUCCUGUCCCUUCUUACCAUUUGCUUUUAGCAACUUGUCUUUCCACAGGCAGUUCGGUGGGAAAUUGCCAUGAUUGCUGUGGUUUAGGGUUCUGCUUUCUUUCCUUUUCUUUCUUUUUUUUUUCUCUUCCUGGCUUCUCUGGGGGUCAUAUUCUUGUGUCAUUCUCUCCAACUAAACUUAGAAAAACAAGCAAAGGGUGAAAUUUGGUCUCCGUGUUGAAGCGCUCAUUCUGCUAACUGGCUUCGUCUCCCCCAUAAUCCCAAAACACUACGGAGAGAGCUCCCGACCUGCUCAUUUCCAUCCUGGAUGUGGUUCUCUUGCGUCAGCGAUUCUCUGAUGUCCAUGGGAAAGACGUUGCACUUUUCUCCACAAGAAAAAAAAAUUAAAGCCAUUGUGCCCAGA